CCGUCGAUACACCGCCGCGCCGAUGGUUGACAAACCUUCCUCUCGCACAAGCAGAAAUGGCGUCCGCCGUGCACAUGGCCUGUUGAAAAAUAUCCUCACCGCGAGACUCACGUUCUUAUCGGAAGUUCGCGCAGUGCGUUAUCUCGCUAGUCUGCCACUCUUCUCAUUUCUUUUCGAUUCGUUCCUACGUGCGGACGGUUUACGUGACGACGUGCGCCAGCGGUACUCAAAGACGCGCCCGACAAAGUGUCCUUUUUUUUCUUUUCAUCAUCGGAUUCCCGAGGCUCAACGUCAAAAUUCUUCUCGUUUCCAGUAUUUUCCUGUUAAAUUUCAUCAUUCACGAUGCAGUUUUCCGCUUAGAAGAUAUUUACCGCGUGGCACCUUCCCCCCUCCUGUGUUUUCUCGUAUUCUGAUUGUACUUUCGGGACCGCGAAGGAUUCUCUGAGGUGUUUCAGAGAAUCAUCGGCGUGCAUUGUUACACGCAUCGAAGAAGGCCACGCGAAAGAUCUCACUUCUUUGUCGUGAAAAAUUGCUGUGCGAUAAGCGUGCACGUUUUCUUUUUCAUCGUCCCGCCGGAUUUUAUCUUCAAUAGUUUAUCGUUAUUAGAUCAUCCUAACCUUGUCUCGUUUUCACGUAUACUUUGCAAGCGUAAAUUUCAUCUAUUCAACCAAACGUUUUUUUUUUAUAAUUAUUAGUAUCUAAGGAUUGUUUCUCUCUCACAUGACUGUAAAUAGAGAGUGUACAUAGUGUGAUACUGUGAGUGCUUAAGUGAGAUUUUAUUGGCAAUGAGUUCGAAUAACAAAUCAUUGGUGUCCUCUGGAAGGGGCACCAACAAAAACAAGUCACAACAACAUGGAAAAUCAGAUCAUCAUCAGACUAAAUCAUCAGAUUCGACUAAACAUGAUAAAGCCCAGCAAAACACUGUUCAGAUCCGGCACGCACAAAUCAUUGACACUAGAAUGGCAGGAGGUGAGGACUCUCUGAAGGAAUGCGUCAAGCAAGUCAUGGACAUGACCCGACGAUCUGAGGAUGAGGUGGUCAUGGCUUUGCACGACAACGAUGGGGAUCUGGAUCGUGCUGUUAAUGAUCUCCUGGAAGAUAGAGUGAAAGCAGAAUGGGAGGUCAAAAAGAAGAAGCUGCGCCAACCGAGCGGAUCCAAACAGAGUACAGAUCAAACAGGUGGACAAGAUGAUAGUGGUGAUUGGGAGGAGCGACGUAACCAACGUAGUGGCGGUCCUCCACGCAUGCGAGGCCGUGCUAACCACGACAAUCGUGGAUGGCGCGGGCGGGAAAACAAGGAGAACGAAAGAAAUAUGGAGGACGGUAUUCGCGACGGUAGCUAUAGUAGAAGAGGAAGGGGUGGACCAGGAAGAUCAGGUCGUGGAGGUCGUGGUGGCGGUAGAGGCCUUGGACCGCGAACGUUUGCAAACCGCAAUGAUCCAACAUCUGCUUCCUCUACUCAUAGUUUUAAUCGUCCAAUUGAUACCUGGACAGGGAGUGAAGAGCAGCAACAAAGUAUCCAAGAACCAAAAAUGGAUGCGUGGAACAACCUGGAUUCAACAGAAGAUUGGGACAAUGAAGAGUAUACAGGUUCUUUGGCAGAUACUAAAGUCUUCACUCCAAGCACAUCUAUCUUGGAAUCUUCUCCUGCGCUAGACGAACCAAAGCCCCAAGAAAUACCAUCGACGCAAUCAAGUCAAAAUGUUAAUUUGUCACUCCUGCAACAAGAAGAAUUGCCAAAACUGUCGGAUAUGUCGACAAUGCAGCAGCAGAGCUUAAUACAGCAACAACCUCCGCAGCAGCAGCAGCAACAGCCACAACCUGUAUUGAGCCUGCCAACGAUGCAGUUGUCGCAGCAACCCAGCGCCAUUAGUAGUGGUGUACUAACAGCGGCGCAAACUCAAUACUUGACACAACUUAGUCAACAAUCGAGUGAGAACUUAAAAGCGGCAGGACAAACGUCGUUUACGUCAACCAUGUCCAAUCAGCCCCAAAGACAGACUAAGCAACGUCCUAGAGUCCCACCGCCAUCCAAGAUACCAUCGAGCGCAGUGGAAAUGCCGGGUGACGCGGUAAACAGUGGAAUCGGCUUUUUGGAUGUGCAGUUCGGUGCGCUCGAAUUUGGUAGCGAUUCUAGCUCUCUCGAUGGAUCUGCCAACGAGAAGUACAACUCCGCGAAUAGUACAAUUUCCGGUGUGGACAUGACUUCCGGUCCGAAUGCUGUGAACACUGCCAACACGAGUAAUUCGCUCGACAUCGAAACGACACAGACUUCCACGACACCGUACAAUGCCAGUUCUCAGAUGUUAUCAGGUACUGAUAAUUUGCCGGUAUCCAGCGAGCAUUCGAUUAGUUCGCAAAGUUUCACUGCGCGUGGAGGUAGUAGCGGUCAGAGUCUGGACAUAACUAAACAAGACUUCACAUCGCAAGUUUCGCCUGGAAAUGCGCCGACGUACGGGCCCACGACGACGUACCAGUCGCAAAAAUCGUCUUUCCAGCCGUCGAGUGGCACUCCGAGCACGUACAACGUAUACUCAACGAACAGUCAAUCCUCUCAAUCCACCUUCCAGACUGCGUCGGCGUCAGCUAAUACAAAUAGCUACUCCGCGACGGCGACGGUUUCGCAGACGAGUUACAAUUCGUCAACCUCGUUCCCGCAAUCCAACGCAUCGACUUUCAGCCAAGCUUCUCCCUCCGCGUCCUCAUCUGUGACUUCUGGUUAUAAUCAGCCGACCACUAGCAGCCAGGUUUAUCAGUCCGCGAGCGGGUAUGUACCGACUACGACGUCCCAGUAUCAAGCGCAAUCUGUAGCUACUAAUACAGUAUCAAACAGCAACGCAGGAUAUCAAGCUUACCAACCACAGGCUUAUCAGUCUUCGGUCACGACGUUUACGUCGCCAAUAACACAGAGUUCGGCUGGCUACCAGAGUGCACAGUCUGUAUAUGCAAGUCCGUACGCUAGCUAUACCAGUCAACCACAGGCGGCAACUCACAAUCAUAAAUUGAACAGCACUGCGACUAAGGAUUCCCAGUACGAUAGCAAUGCAACAACGUCGAAUAGCUCCCUCGCGACUACUACCGCGCCCACAUUGGGACUUAGCUCUGCCUCGGUGAACAGUUCACAGACUAAAGUAACCAAUUCAAACGCUGUGCCGAAAAGUACGUCAAGCGGAGUAGUGACGGGCAGCAGUGGUACCGGUAACAUGACGGGCGGUGGUGCUGCUGGAAAUAUGACACCUAUGCUCAGUCACCAAUACAUCAUGGGCCAAGGUGUGCCUUACGCAUUUCAACAACCAAUGUACAGUUACGAGGAGCUGCAGCUCGUCCAGCAAAGAAUACCGCAUAUGCCAACUACUGGUUACUAUGACGCGGCCCUGGGCUAUCAGACAACCGGUCCCGCAACGAGUCUCGGUGGUGGCAGAGGCGAUGCUCUAUCUGGUGUGCAAGGCGUUCAAGGAGUACAGGGAGUGCAAGGAGCCUAUACCAGUAUUAGCGACGCCAGGUUCGCCAGAAACGACAGCAAUGCUUCACCAGUACCUUCCACUAUGUCACAACAAACCGCAACGCAGCAUCAGCAACCGAUAAUGAACCCUACACUUCCGCCUGGUUACGCAUACUUUACCUAUGGCGGUGGAAUAAUGCCUGGUGGUUUUCAGUACGGGACCCCCGCUAUUUAUCCGCAAAUCGCUACGGCUGGUAAUGCAGGUACGAAUAGCGGUGCGUAUAGCGCUAAGCCAGGCAGUUAUGGAUCUGGUUACGGUGCUGGGGCUAGCUACGACGCUCUAGCUUCCGCUGGCCCAUCCGCGGAGUAUAAAGGUGCCGGUAGCAGCUACACUGCUACCCAGACUGGCAAAACCGGCACUUCCACCGGCAACACUAAUACCGCCGGUUCUUCCGCGACAGAUAUCAGCGCUACGAUGUAUGCCAAGAGUCACGUGGCUCUCGGCAAAGUGAACUCUUACGAAAAACAGACUUUCCACUCGGCUACACCGCCGCCGUUUGGUCUGACGGGUGGUCAAAACGCCGGCUUGCCCGGCAGUUACGGUACGCCGCAUCUCUUUAUCCCGACUAUGCCCCAUCAAUUGCAUCAGCCGCUUCAUCAGGACGGAGCCAACAGCACGGGACAGAGAUCUAACACGAGUUCGCAGAAUAAGGCUCAGGCGAAACCUGGAUACAGUCCUAGUUACUGGGCUGGCAGCAAUUAAACAAAAAUACUACCGGAAUUGAUGCACUGAGGAAAAAGGACGAGUUUGUAACGUACUAAAGAAAUCUAGCUUGUCCGUUAUUGUGAGAAACUUUUAUGUGCUACAGAUAUACUGAAUUCGACACGUGAAUAUUUGAGACGACAUAUGAAAAUAAUAGACAAAGAACAUCUUUUGAGGAUAAAUUUAGAUUUUAUUGUAACACGAGUUAAUAAGUAAUGAAGAGAAUUUUUCUCCAAAAAAAUCGAAAGAUAUAUGCAAUUAUUAACCUAAGGCAUUAUUCAAUUUGUAACGAUAAUUAGAACCAUCAAUUUCGGAUUUAUGUUUGCGUACAAUAUCAGCGGUUAAUCUUAUUUAUUUAAUUCGGUGAAAGGAAACCGAAUAUAUAUAUACAAUAUAUAUAUAUAUAUAUAUAUAUAUAUAUAUAUAUAUAUAUAUGUAUGUAUGUAUAUAUAUAUAUAUAUAUAUAUAUAUAUAUAUAUAUAUAUAUAUAUAUAUAUAUUAUACAUAGGAAGAGAGAGAAAAAAAAGUUUCGAAUAUUUUGUUGGUUUUAGCGCAUUUUCCGACAUUUCCAAUAUACAAGAGCGCGUUACAAGUAAGAUAACAUCUUACAAAGUGGAAUAUGCACAAAAAACCUAUAUAAUAAUUUGCAUAUUCUUUCAAAUUUUUCAAGUUGCACUCGUGCCAAAUGAAGUCAUAGCAUCUACCGCACGAUGAUCGCAUAAUAUCAUCAGAUAUGACUUGUCACAUUGAUCAAGUUGUGAAAAAAGAAAAGAUUACUGGCACGUCGCGAUACGAUGAUCGUACGACGAUCUGUAUCAUACUAAUUGUGUCAUAGAACAUCGAAGAGAAAACCAGAAAAGAAAAUAUUCGUUGAGUUUGUCUCGUUGAAAUCGCUCGACUGUACACAGUGCAAUUUUGAAUACAUAUAUUCAAAGUAUAUGUAUAUAUCGACUGCGAUGAUAGCGUCUCCUUGUCUUUAUUUUAUCUUCUUUUCUUUUUCUCGUACGUAAUAAGCAUCUUGGCUUGUUAAUGCGAAAAGCGCAUUUCUGCGAAACAACGGAAAGCUGUACCGCUAGAAAAUUACGAUACACGUGUACAUGUGGAAUCGUUCUAACAUGGUAUAUGUACAAAUUUGUCGUAAUUAAAGCGCUUUUAUUUUCGA